CGGUCAGUUUGGUUUUAAUUGUCCGUUAAGUUAUCGUAUGAAAAAGAUUUUAAUUUUAUCAUCCAUAAUAACAAUGUUUGUUGUUGUUUUUAUUAUGACCGUUGCCUUAUUAAUUUAUUCAAAUGAACAAAACGAAUGGUCACAAUGGUCGUUAUGGCCACAAUGGUUAUCCGGUAUAAAUUAUCAACAACAACAACAACAACAAAAUUCAUAUCAAUUUCAUCAAUCGUCACGUCGUUAUCAUUUUGAUGAUGAUGAUGAUUAUGAUUGGUAUGAUAAUAGUGCAACAAUUUAUGAAAUAUUUCCAGCAUCAUUUCGUGAUAGUAAUGGUGAUGGUUAUGGUGAUUUUAAUGGUAUUACGGAACGUGUUGAUUAUUUACGUUCAUUAAACAUACAAGCUAUACGUUUAAAUUCAAUAUUUGCUGCAUUUGAUUAUCCAAAAUAUUUGGAUAAUGUUUUAAAUUUUUAUGAUGUUGAUCCACAUUUAGGAAAUUUUCAAUCAUUUAAUAAUAUGAUUCAAAUUUUACAUUCAAAUCAAAUACGUGUGAUAUUGGAUCUAAAUCCAACAAUAACAUCGGAUGAACAUCCAUGGUCAAUGAAUCAAACUACUGAAUAUGAAAAUUAUUAUUAUUUUAAACGACAACAACAGCGAUCAUCAACGACAACAACAAAAGCGUUAAAUUCAUUUUCAACUAAUUUAAGGCAAACGAAAAAUCCUGAUUACGCUUCUGAUUACGCUGAUGGUGAUUACAUCGAUGAUGAUAAUUUGAAUGGUGAUUUUGUUCAUCAACGACAUCCAAGCCAUGAUUCUGUGAUCAAUCAUCCUGAUGAUCAUUUUGUUGUUGAUGAUGAUGAUGAAGAACCACCGGGAGGACGAUGGUUAAAUUGGAGCAAUGAAGCUAUACCGAAACAAAUGCUGAAAAUUGCCGAUUUUUGGCUGCGUUAUGUUGAUGGAAUUUAUCUGAAAAAUUUAGACAGAAUUCACAUCAACGAUGAUGAUUCUGGUGGUGAUAAUCCCAGUGGUGAUAACAUCGGGUUAAUAAAACGUGAAAAAAUUUUAUUAGAAUUUUUACAACGUUUGCGACGGAUAUCCGAUGGAUAUCAACAACAACAACAACAGCAAAAAUCAACGAAAAAAAUAUUGAUCUGUUCAAGUCAUUUAUUAUCACCAUUAUUGACGGCAAAUCGUCGUGUUGCUGCAGCUGCAGCUGCGGCUGCAAAGCGUCGACGUCAAACAUCAUCGUCGUUUCAACAAAAUCAUCCACCACUACCUCGUCCUCAUCCAAAUCAUCAAAAUGAAUUUCGUCCCGAAUUCGAUGAAUUAGAUAUGAAUGAUUUUUUCGACAAUCCAAUAACCGACGAUGAUCAAAAUGAUGACAACAAAAAUAUCGAUAGUGAUAGUGAUAGUGAACAACAAUCGAUAUCAUCCGGUUAUCGAAAAAUUCAUGCAUCGGCCAAUUCGCAAAAAAUGUUACCAUCAUCAGAUAGUACAUCUACAUCAUCAUUAUCAACAUCUAUUGUAAACCAUGGACAUCAUAAUCAAUCAUUAUCGAUUAGAUCGAUAUAUCAUUAUUUUGAUUUAGUACAUUUUGAAUUGAUUAUUCGUCCAAAUCAUAUAGAUACUAUAAGAGAUCAAGUAAAUUUUGUAUUCUUAAAUCGACCAGCGGAUUUUCCAACAAUAAUGUGGAGUUUAGGUGGAAAUAGUGGUCAUCGUCAUCAAAGAAGAAGACGACCACUAUAUCGACAAUUACGUUUAGCAAAUCGUAUUGGUAGUUCAAAUUAUUCAUUAGCAUGUUUAUUUAUGUUAACAAUGAUGCCUGGUACUAUUAUGAUAUUUUAUGGUGAUGAAAUUGGUUUGACAAAUUUGUAUAAUCAGAAUCAACAGAAUCAUCAUCAUUAUCAUUACCGACAUAAU